AUGCCUGCGCCGCAGGCUCUCUUGAAACAUGCGCGCGAAAAGCGUCUUCCAACAGAAGAGGGAAUGGUCGUUGGCGCCUACUCGGGCAAAGUCAAGAAUGAAUUGAACUUCUUUUGCCAGCUCUUGCAUGAGAAGGAGCUCGAACAAUAUGAGGUUGAGCUCGUCGAGGUAGACAAGAUCGAGGAGCUAGGCCACAAGGAUGCAUACUAUGCCAACCAUGAUGGCGUUCUCUGUUGGCUGUCUGCCCUCGGCACUGCCAUGGCCAUUGCUCUCAUCAUUGUUGCUGUUCGAUACGAUGAUGGGUGGGCUUUGAUAGCUACCGUCCUCCUAUCUGGCACCUCCACACUGGUCGGCUUCGCCUCCCGCUGGACCAUCAAGCUGACCAAAGACUCGCCGAACCCGCAUCGAAAAGACCACAUUCCAGAUGGUGAUGUUGUGAUUUACUAUCCGAGCCAAGGAGCCUUUCGCAUUGUCAGAUGUAGCGAGCUCAUAUCGCGCUUGUACUUUACUCCUGAGAUCGCCCAGCCAUUGCUGUCCGAAGACGCUUACCGUAUCAUGGCGCUGUCGGGUACUAUAACAUUGAUAUUCGGCCUCAUUUCUCUUGGAAAUUCCCGCCCGACGUUGCAAGUUGCUUUUGCAGCCGCCUAUGUACUGUUGAAUGUUGCUUAUUGGGUAGCAUCGGCUUACAAUCUCCAACGGCACUGGACUCAUUGCUAUACGGUACGUGUCAAAGACAUCGACCCUCCAAACUCUGGUGUACCGGAACCGAGCGAAGUACCGCAUAUCGGGACCCUCGACCGCACGCACUCCCACCCAGUCAUGCCCGACUCCCCGGAGCAGGUCAAUCUCUCAAGUUCGACGGCUCUGCCGCCGAGUCAGCCACCGAUCGCAGAUGCUCAUCAUAGUGCAAAUAACAUGCACCCAUCCUCAGCCACGUUCACGUUUGCUAUUCGUCCUAGCAAGAUUAGCGGCGAUGUGGAAGCGACUCCGGGGCCUUCCUAUCCGCCGACGCAGCAGCGGCCGCGAAGGACAUGGUCACAUUUCUCCCAAAAGAGCACAAGCUCGCAGACUUCUGAGCCUCGAGUCACCGCCGAGUUCCGUAACUUCACCACUGCGCUCUGGAAAGCCAUAGCUCUCACUGGCACCGCUGCCUGGCUCGAACACACCAAUAUCGCCCCACACAAUCAAGUGUGGGACGAGUGGAUCACCAGAGCAGCUAGGCACGCACGCCCCAGACUCGUCGACGGACAGGACGUCCCACAGUGGAGAGUCAGAAAAGCGGACGGUAGAGAACAUGUUACGCUACCCACUUGGCCGUACCAACGUGAGCUCAACAAGCUGUUCGAGGAGCAGAGUGAUCGCGAGAAAAAGCGACCUAAGUGGCCGGAUCUAGAUGACCUGCGUAGACUCCCAGCGGCUCUGCCGGUGCAAGAGAUGGCCUCCGGAUCGACCUCGGCACCAAACCUCUCUCUGCGUAUGCGGAGACGGGCGAAGACCGCGGCAGAGCGCGCUCGGCGGCGUCACCCUGGUUUAGGGACACUCGUUGAAGAAGAUGUCACGCCGCAAGCCCAUCGACAUGGCCACGAUAGAGCGUCGUUGCUGAUAUAUCGGGACGAAGUAGAUAGCGCGAUGGUCCUCGGGAGAUAG